UUCCCUGUGAGGAGAAUAUGAAGAAGGUAGGGGUGAGGAGAGUGAACCGUUACGACGAGAGCAUCGAUACCUACACAGAGUUCUUUAAACCCUACGAACUCACCUCAUUCGACGACACCUUCUGCAUAGCUAUGACCAACUCUGCACGGUACGUACCCGAACCUGCACACAGUUACAUCAAUAUCUACUGGGUCAUGGCAAGCUAACCAUGUUGCUUUUUAGUUUCAUACAAUGAGAUGUCUGAAUACUGGCCUGAGCAAAAAUAAUAUAAUUGUAAAUUGACAAUGAAGGUAUUAUAUACAGUGCCUUCAGAAAGUAUUGAAGGGGAAGAGACAGGUGAAGGAAGUAUUUUUAAGCCUGAGAUAAUUGAGACAUGGAUUGUGUAUAUGUGCCAUUCAGAGGGUGAAUGGGCAAGACGGCCUUUGAACGGGAUAUGAUAGUAGGUGCCAGGCACACUUGUGUGUCAAGACUGCAACACUGCUGGGUUUUUCAUGCUCAACAGUUUCCUGUGUGUAUCAAGAAUGGUUCACCACCCAAAGGACAUCCAGCCAACUUGACACAACUGUAGGAAGCAUUGGAGUCAACAUGGACCAGCAUCCCUGUGGAACGCUCUUUACACCUUGUAGAGUCCAUGCCCUGACGAAUUGAGGCUGUUCUGUGGGCAAAAGGGAAGGGGUGGGGUGCAACUACAAUAUUUGGAAGGUGUUCCUAAUGUUUGGUAUACUCACCAUAUGUCUGCUGCAGAGAGACAAGAGAGAUUUGGUUCUGGGUGCAGAGAUGAGGUUAACUGUGAUGUGUUUUUCCUGGGAUGAUAAUGUGGUGAUUAUGUUCUCUCUGUGUGUGAAGGGAGUUGAUGCCCAAGACAGUAGGAGUUGACCCCAGCCCCUUCACUGUGCGCAAGCCAGAGGAGACAGGGAAAUCUGCUGUGAUUGGGUGAGUGUACUCUACUCUGCGUGUAUGUGCGCUCGUAUGUGCGCUUCUCUUUGUUCGCUCGUGUGUGUGUGUGGCCUCGUGUGUGUGUGUGGCCUCGUGUGUGUGUGUGGCCUCGUGUGUGUGUGUGUGUGUGUGUGCACAGGUGUUGUUUAUUUGCAUUUGUAUAUUUCUGUGUCUCUACACGUGUAUCUGAGAGCCAUGGGCCAAAACCAAGACACUCAUCUUCCAUUAGCUGACUCAUAUGAGCUCUCACACACACACACACACACACACCACCUCUUUACCUUCUUGAAAACCUUCAAUAACACCUAGUUGUUGAGCAACUCUGGGUUUUUGUAUGAAUAUUGAACUCCUGAAAAGGGCAUGUAUUACUCAUUACUGUUAACCAGUCAAUGGCUGUUUAUUGAGUUAUUUACCAAAGCACCACCUUUUAAUGAAUGAAUGAUUGAGUGUCCGGUAUCAUUCUCUACUGGAGUGUUAUGUAGGCUUCCAGAUUGGAGUUGUGUCCAUCCGUUGUAGAGAGAGGACAAAGCUUAGAUUACACCCAGUCUCUCUCUCUGCCCUCCCCCUACUCUCCAAUGACCUCCUGCCUAACCUCAAUCUCUCUCUCUCUGCCCUCCCCCUACUACCCCUACUCCCCUGUGUCCUCCUGCCUAACAUCACUCUCUCUGUCUGCCCUCCCUCUACUAUCCUCUGUCCUCCUGUAGGGGGAGGGCAGAGAGAGAGAGGUUAGGCAAGAUGAAGGCACUAAUUGUAAGUCGCUCUGGAUAAGUGUGUCUGCUAAAUGACUAAAAUGUAAGUGCGUGUGUGUGUGUGUGUGUGUGUGUGUAGUGCUAAGAGCAGUAAAGAGGAGACGGUGGUCCAGAGGAAGACAGCUGCCAGUGCCCCCCCACCCCCCAGCGAAGAACAGAUCUCCAGCAGCUCAGAGGACGACUCGGAGGACGACCGCGACGAUGAUGGAUCAGUGUCCCAACGCUCCACCCCCGUCAAACUACUGGCUGAGUCUGGGGAGAGCCUCCGCACUCAGGAGGUAUGGGAUGGGAAACGCGCUGACACAGACACACACACAGGUAGCCAGCUGAGUUAAAUGUCAGCUGACAUGCCAACUGGACCUUGGGAGUGAAGGUGCUAACUGAAGGUGAAGAUUUCAGUGUUUUCAUCCUGCGUUCUGCUGUCGGGAUCAAAAAGUCAUUCUGUGUCAAUUUAAAAAAAGAUUUUCAGUGUUAGGUAGCGCUCUCCUGUUUCUCCUCACUUGUUCAGAACAUAAUUACUUGUCUCUGUUUCUCUCUCGCUAACUGGCCCUCUCUCAUUCCCUCUCCUUCCCAUCUAUGUCUCUCGAUCCUCCCAUCUGUCUCUCUCUGUCUCCCUCUCUCCUCCUCUCACUUACCAUCUCUCCCCCUCUCACUCACAGAGUUGACCUUUCAGAGUUCUGAGUUAUUGUUUGAGAACUUGCGGCCACCCACGCCACAUUAAUUUCACCCCUAUCCAUAGAGAUGAUCACAAUAAUCACAUAAUCAUUCAGAGAUGAGGAAUUCAAAGAAAACAUAACAUGGCCUACAUAUUAGAUCUGUUUUGUAAGAUCUAAUCAAAAGUGUAUUAAUCAUGACACAGUUUGAAUUCUUAUAAUGGUUUGAUUGAACUCCCCAGGACACUGAUGGUUUUGGAUGGUUUGGCUUUAUAGACUGUAGAGCAGAAUGUUGAAGACUAACAUACCACCGCAGCUGAUAUUGUGUUCUAUCAUUAACAUUAUCCACCGGUCUAACACCUUGUAGCAUAAUGAUUAUAUUAGCGUGAAUAAAAUAAAUAAAUGAGACUGAUCCAUGUUCAUGUACACACACACACACACACACACACACACACACACACACACACACACACACUUCACAACAAAAACAGGGGAUCUCAUCUCUCGCUUGUGACUCAAGGUCUCUCUCUGUGUUGCCAUGACAACUGGACUGGUUGAAUAUUCUCCUUAGUGAGCAAGCGAGAGAGCUGAGGGAAGGCAAUGGAGGUUUGAAUUUGAAUAGGAUAACAUAGAAGCGGAGCUGGGCUUUAGCCCUAUGAUGCCAGCCUCAGUCAGAACACACCAUUUUGACCAGAGGCCAAUGGCCCUUUUCAACAGUAGUGCACUACAAAGGCAAUAGGAUGCCAUUUGGGACGAAGACAUACUGUUGGACUGGUACCCAGGUGGUAGUACCACUGUCCAUUAAGAGACUAUGGUAGGAAAUAAGACCUCAUGUGAGUGCUACCGUAAAAGGGCUAUUUAGAUUGGGAGUAAGAUGUGUGUAGAUUCCAUUGGAGCUCAUUCAGGUCUGGAAAUUAACUGGGGAAGAUGGGGAGCAAUUACCAACUCAUGAAUUGCAUUGAACUGACCAUCCUAACGAAGUGGAUGACUUGGACGUAGUUAAUUAAUUAAUGGCUCACAGUACUUUUCCCUGUGAGAGAGACAACACAACACAUUCUGCCAUCCUUUAGGUCAGUUGGUUUGGAAUGGCCCCUUCCGCUGAGUUCAUAUCUGAUAUCUCUGUUUGUCAAUCAUAGACUGGGUAGGUUUAUGGUAGCUUUGUCUCAACUCAUCUCUCAACUUAUCUCUCCAUGUCCAGUUACUGAACCGUCCUCCACGGUCAUUCCCACCUUCUGUCCAUCUCCUGCCCGCCCUCCCCGCUCAGAUGGUUGCCUCCUGUAUGUUUUAUGACGACCGCCAAUUCUACUCUGCCGGAAAAUAAAAUACAACAAACACAUAAAUAAAAUGGAUGGACAGAGGUAAAAAAUAGAAAAAUAGGCCACUUGAAAGAGACAGAGUAAUCGACAGCCAAGCCCAGUGACGUACACCGGGACCCAUAAAAAUGUCAUGCCGUGCCCAAAAACCCAAUUGUCCUCAAUCUGUUGCCAUAAUGAGACUAUUGUGUGCCACAUUUGAUGUUGUCUGCGGCGAUGGUAACCCAGAUGCUGUUUGGGGUCUCUUUGACCGACUAGACCCUCAUUGUGUGAAGUAGCGACGAGGUCGGUGGUGGUGAAUAAAGUUUUUGUUUUUCGUGUGCUGCCAGGCCGCCACACAAGAUGGCUUCCGGUGCCAGCUGAGGGCUUGUGGGUAAUUUCUUCCUCCGUUUACAUUCUUGAGUGAAGUGUUCUGGUUAAGGGCCAUCUCAUACUGUCUAAACAGAAGAUACCACAGAGGUAAGCUCUCUCCUCUUCUCUGCCCGUCUACACGUGAUGAGAGAUCGAGAAAGGACAGGAGCCAGGGAGAGAGCAGGCUAGAGAGAGAGACUGAGCGAGAGAGAAAGAAAGAGAUUACCCUCCUCCGCUGACCCCUUUUAUUUUCUCUUACAUGUUCAUUCACAUGCUUUUAGAUGUCCAUAUACCUCUAUAUGUUUAUAUGUUCAUUCACAUGCUUUUAGAUGUCCAUAUACCUCUAUAUGUUUAUAUGUUCAUUCACAUGCUGCUUUGUGUUUUCUGAUUCAUCCUCUCCCCUCCCACCUGAGUCUUUCUAGCCAGACUCACUCAUCCUCACAUCCCCAGUAACAGCCACACUGAUUGCUUUUGAUAACAAGAGGCAAAAAACAUUGAAUAAAAUAUCUAUUUUUGUAAAUAUCCAUUAACUCCAGUACUGUUUUCUCCAUCAGGGUUGAUUUAUAACAUGUUUCCCUCAGCUAUAUGUUUUCUCCCUUUUCUUUGACCUGGAGUUGGUAGCAGGGAGGGGGUCAUGAAUAUAUCGGGGUAGAAGGUUAGCGAUUAGCUCACGUGUCGGCACAUACACACACGUGUCUCGUGUUGCUGCCUGCUAGUCUGUCCCAGAGAAUGGAUUGCUGUGGCGGCAGAAAAUGCAAAACUGAUAAAAUAUUUAAACAACUGAUCAUUACCUUGCUGCUUGCCGUGUAAUUAGACACACUAAUUCAAUAUUCCCUCUCUGUGUGUGUGUGUGUUUGCAAAGCUUCAUUAUCUUGUAUUUGGUUGUAUCCCUCCACCUCCCUCCAGUUCUCUCUUCUCUUGGGCACAAUCCAUGGCGGCAGGCUGAAUCCAUAGCCUUUGAAUGGAAAUGAAGUGCAUUGUGUUGGACAUAGCGCUGUCCCAUCGCCUCAGAGCAGAAGAGUGCUUCAAAGGCUACUGCUGUUACUUAACCACUUCUGGACCAUCCACGUUAUGUAGGGACAGAAGAUGGAUGUACACUUCAUCCUUAUUGUUGUUAGUAUUCAUUCUCACCCUAGUCUCUUGUGGUGACAAUCACAGGCGUUCCAGUCUGUAGUUUUUCUAUGUGGCUUUGUUUGCUGAAAACCAUCUAUUUACUCCCUGCAGACUACAAAGCACACCUCCCACAGUAAACUACACUUCCCACGUCUAGUGUUUCUCAAGAGGGAAGGAUGUGUUGAUAUGUUUUCCUCAGGUUUGGUCCCUGGUUAGAGGAAGGGGGGUACAAGCUGAACGGUUGCACAGUACAGUUGGAGAGAGCUUGAGGAAGUAUAGUCGGAGUUGUUCAGGAUGACUGUCUCCUUUCUCUUACCACCUUUUAUCCCACUCCUCACCAUUACCUCUCACCUCGCUCUAACCUUUUGACCUCUAACAUUUGACCCCUGCCCCUACACAGGACUUCCUGCAACAGUCCAUGAGGGAAACCUAUGGACUCAACCUGGCCGUGUUCCCUGCCGAGGAGGACAUGCUCAUAUAUGAGAGGUGAGACACACACACACCGUGAAAAAGAGGUGCUUCCUGUGAGACUGAGUCAGGUUGACAGGUGUUUGAUGAUUGACUGUAUGCAGAAAAGAUUGAUCUUCACACUGCCGUCACACUGGGUAUUGAAUUUCAACCCCUGUGAGCUUCUGACCUACUGACACAAAACUGCCCAAAUCGUCUAAUCAUGACGGUGACACGUUUCAUUAUGUCACAUUGAAAGUGGUCCCUGUGAGACAAACGAAACUGAUGAUCGCCCAGUCAACCAGCCAGUCAGCCAGCCAGUCAGUCAGUCUGUAUGAUUGUGAUCCUUUUCUCUGUAAUGAUGAUGUUGAUAAGGAUGAUGGAAGACGUCCUGUCCUGAAGACCUGUUAGGAAGACGGGGACAGGCCGUCCCAUAGUCACUAUUAGGGUGAUGUUCUGAAUGGACUCUGUCAACUGGAGCCUGCUAGGUGAGAAAGGCACGCUAAUGACCUCAUGACAAGGUGAAAAAUCUGUUGAUGUACCCUUGAGCAAGGCACUUAAACCUAAUGUGCUCCAGGGCUGCUGUACUACUAUGGCUGACUCUGUAAAACAACACAUUUCACUGCACCUAUCUGGUGUGUGACAAUAAAACAUUGUAUUUAUUUUUCUCUCACCACCCAACAUCAGAGACCCUUCAAAUUAAAACCAUUUCACCUCUAAAACACGCUGAAACAAAACUGUUCGUUCUUGAACACCAUGUCCAACAAAUCUUUCCAUGUUGUUCAUUGGUUCGCAUUACAAUAAGGAUUGUAAGUCAUUUGACUAAUGCUCGCUGAGUGCAUCAAGGUGUGACCCUGGUAUACACGGCCUCUCAGCUCCUCAUUCACAUUUAAUAAAACGAGUGGUGAUGAACACUCACAGCUAAUGUUACACACUGUUGCAGUAUGGAAAUAACUAGGCACGUGGCAUUCACACACAGGGGCAGGAUAAUGGAACUCUAGAGUGGGGAAUGAAGUUCAGGGUCCCAGGAGAGAGUUGAAGGGAGGAGGUUGGGGUGUUGGUCAUUUUUGGCCACCAUUUUGGAAUAGUAAGGUCCCUAAAGAAGGGAGUCUUUGUGGAAUCACUCAAAGUAUGUUUUGUUUUAUUUCGACUUGGCGUUAAUAAUACUAUGAAUAUUGAUGAAGUGCCGCACAGGCCUAAAGUUAUUUUAAUCUUAUAAAAUCAUAUACACUGAGUAUACCAAACAUUAGGAUGAAAAAAUGAGAGGGAACAUUGGUUGGGAACGCUUUUGCCUUCAGAACAGCCUCAAUUCGUCGGGGCAUGGACUCUACAAGGUGUCGAAAGUGUUAUACAGGGAUGCUGGCCCAUGUUGACUCCAAUGCUUCCCACAGUUGUGUCAAGUUGGCUGGAUGUCCUUUGGGUGGUGGACCAUUCUUGAUACGUACGGGAAACUGUUGAGCGUGAAAAACCCAGCAGCGUUGCAGUUCUUGACACAAACCGGUACGCCUCGCACCUAAUACCAUACCCCGUUCAAAGGCACUUCAAUAUUUUGUCUUGCCCAUUCACUCUCUGAAUGCCACACAUACACAAUCCAUGUCUCAAUUGUUUCAAGGCUUAAAAAUCCUUCUUUAACCUGUCUCCUGUUGUUAAUGUUUUGUAUACUCAGUAUAUAAUCAUAUUUCAAUCAAUAGGGUGGUAGGGUUGGGGGAAAAGAUAAUAAUAAAAGGGGGAUUAGAAAUGCUGCAAACAAUUAGUUUGAUAGAACCCCAACUCUAUCUGCAAUAUUGAAGCUGAUCUUAUUUUAAUAUUUUCAGCUGCACGUUAUGAGGAGGGGGAAGAAUGGGGGGAAGGUGGAGAACAGUUUUCUGAGUUGAAAAAUGAUUUGGGGUGGACUCUGCUGAAGGCUUACAAAAGGCUUGCAAAAUUGUUUGACUGUACAUGGAUAAAACCAGCAAGACCGUGUGUUUUUUUUCAGUGAUGUGAAUUCUUCAUCUCAUCACCAUCUGCUCCCUCUGAUCUUUGCCCCUGUACACACGCAUUGGAACAUAUUGGCACUUACGCAUUGGCACAUACACAUUGGCACAUACACAUUGGCACAUACAAACACACAUCAACACUUUGCCAAUCAGUAACUCAACAUUACAUCCAUCUCUCGAUACAGCAGACUGGCCAGUUUCUAUCCUACAGACUUACCAACGGCAAGUUGUGUCCUCUCUUACUCUCUGUAGCUACAGUGCCUUCAGAAAAGAUUCAUACCCCUUGACUUAUUCCACAUUUUGUUCCAGCCUAAAUUCAAAAUUGAUUAAAUUGAUGUUUUUUCUCACCCAUCUGCACACAAUACCCCAUAAUGACAAAGUGAAAACAUGUUUUUAGAAAUGUUUGCUCAUUUAUUGAAAAUGAAAUACAGAAUUAUUUCAUUUACAUAAGUAUUCACACCCCUGAGUCCAUACUUUGUAGAAGCACCUUUGGCAGCGAUUACAGAUGUGAGUCAUUCUGGGUAAGUCUCUAAGAGCUUUGCACGACUGGAUUGUGCAACAUUUGCCCAUUAUUCUUUUUAAAAAAUGUUGAGCUCUGUCAAAUCGGUUGUUGAUCAUUGAUAAACAACCAUUUUCAGGUCUUGCCAUAGAUUUUCAAGUAGAUUUAAGUCAAAACUAACUCGACCACUCCGGAACAUUCACUGUCUUCUUGGUAAGCAACUCCAGUGUAGAUUUGGACUUGUGUUUUAGGUUAUUGUCCUGCUGAAAGUUGAAUGAAUUUCCCAGUGUCUAGUGGAAAGCAGACUGAACAAGGUUUUGCUCUAGGAUUUUGCCUGUGCUUAGCUCCGUUACAUUUAUUUUUUAAUCUUGAAAAACUCCCCAGUCCUUAAUGAUUACAAACAUACCCAUAACAUGAUGCAGCCACCACUAUGCUUGAAAAUAUGGAGAGUGGUACUCAGUAAUAUGUUUGGCACAAAUCCAAUACAACACACAACACUUUGUAUUCAGGACAAAAAGUGAAUUGCUUUGCCACAUUUUAUGCAGGAUCACUUUAGUGCCUUGUUGCAAUUGGGAUGCAUGUUUUGGAAUAUUUUUAUUCUGUAAAGGCUUCCUUCUUUUCACUCUGUCAAUUAGGUUCGUAUUGUGGAGUAACUACAAUGUUGUUGAUCCAUCCUCCGUUUUCUCCUAUCACAGCCAUUAAACUCUGUAACUGUUUUUUAAAGUCAGCAUUGGCCUCAUGGUGAAAUCCCUGAGCGGUUUAAUUCCUCUCCAGCAACUGAUUUAGAAAGGACGCCUAUAUCUUUGUAGUGACUGGGUACAUUGAUACACUGUCCAAAGUGUAAUUAAUAACUUCACCAUGCUAAAAGGGAUAUUCAAUGUCUGCUUUUUUUUUUACCCAUCUACCAAUAGGUGCCCUUCUUUGCAAGGCAUUGGAAAACCUUCCUGGUCUUUGUGGUUGAAUCUGUGUUUGAAAUUCACUGCUCGACUGAGGGACUUUACAGAUAAUUAUAUGUGUGGGGUAUAGAGAUGAGAUAGUCAUUCAAAAAUCAUGUUAAACACUAUUAUUGCACACAGUGUGUCCAUGCAACUUAUUAUGUGAUUUGUUAAGCACAUUUUUACUCCUGAACUUAUUUAGGCUUGCCAUAACAAAGGAGUGGAAUACUUACUGACUCAAGACAUUUCAGCUUUUCAUUUUUCAUAACUUUGUAAACAUUUUGAAAACAUAAUUCCACUUUGACAUUAUGGGGUAUUGUGACAAAAAAAUCUCAAUUUACUCCAUUUUAAAUUCAGGCUGUAACACAACAAAAUGUGGAAAAAGUCAAGGGGUGUGAAUACUUUCUAAAGGCUCUGUACAUACUGUGCCUGUAUGACACAUACAAUGAAUGGCUCAUGAAUGUGUACUGUAUGUAUGGUCUAUAUGAUCAUAUCUAUAAUCUCCCUUUAGAAAUGUAGUUCUACUCUCAACAUCCUAGCUUCUCGCCAUGUGCUACGGCAGCCUCCACUAUAGUGGCCAUCAUAGCGUAGAGAUGGAACUCAGGACACAGAGGAGUACCUCAGGUUAGCUACGGCUGUCUCGUCCUCAAUGAACAACUGAGUGUGUGUGUUGGUCCUUUGAAGCCCUUGGAUCCUAAUCCCAUCAGUAGUACACACAGACACACACACACACACACGUCUCCCUACCUGUGGGGCGUCCUGAUGGAACCACAGAAAUUGAGAGAUUAAUCAGGUCAGGUGAUUGUCUCUCCCCUCACAGCCCUGUAUUUAUAGCUGCUGUUCGUCAUACUGUCCUUUGUUCCUGUGUCCUUCUGUCCCCUGGUCACUCAGAUAUCACAUUUUGGAGGAGCUGAACAGUACUGGGAACGAUUGUAUGAAGAUAAUUAUUGGUUAUACGUUAUGGCUUUCUUUGUCAUUUUAUAUGUACUGUACACGGUACUGUAGCACUAUGGCUCUUGUAGUUAAGUGUAUUUUUAGUGUACUAUGUGUACUCAAACCUUAAUUACGUACAUACACUAUGUGGCCAAAAGUAUGUGGAUACCCCUUCAAAUUAGUGGAUUCGGCUAUUUCAGCCACACACGUGUAUAAAAUUGAGCACACAGCCAUGCAAUCUUCAUAGACAAACAUUGGCAGUAGAAUGGCCCGUACUGAAGAGCUGUGACUUUCAACGUGGCACCGUCAUAGGAUGGCACAUUUCCAACAACUCAGUUUGUCAAAUCUCUGCCCUGGUCAACUGUAAGUGCUGUUAUUGUGAAGUGGAAACGUCUAGGAGCAACAACAGCUCAGCCGUGAAGUGGUAGGCCACACAAGCUCACAGAACAGGACCGAGUGCUGAAGUUCCAAACUGCCUCUGGAAGCAACGUUAGCACAAGAGCUGUUCGUCGGGAGUUCAUGAAAUGGGUUUCCAUAGCCGAGCAGCCGCACACAAGCCUAAGAUCACCAUGCGCAAUGUCAAGCAUUGGCUGGAGUGAUGUAAAGCUCGCCGCCAUUGGACUCUGGAGCAGUGGAAACACGUUCUCUGGAGUGAUGAAUCACGCUUCACCAUCUGGCAGUCCAAAUGACAAAUCUGGGUUUGGCGGAUGCCAGGAGAAUGCUACCUGCCCGAAUACAUAGUGCCAACUGUAGAGUUUGGUGGAGGAGGAAUAAUGGUCUGGGGCUGUUUUUCAUGAUUUGGGCUAGGCCCCUUUGUUCCAGUGAAGGGAAAUCUUAACGCUACAGCAUACAAUGACAUUCUAGACGAUUCUGUGCUUCCAACUUUGUGGCAACAGUUUGGGAAAGGCCCUGUCCUGUUUCAGCAUGACAAUGCCCCCGUGCACAAAGCGAGGUCCAUACAGAAAUGGUUUGUCGAGAUCGGUGUGGAAGAACUUGACUGGCCUGGACAGAGCCCUGACCUCAACCCCAUUGAACACCUUUGGGAUGAAUUGUAACGCCGACUGCGAGCCAGGCCUAAUCGCCCAACAUCAGUGCCUGACCUCACUAAUGCUCUUGUGGCUGAAUGGGAGCAAGUCCCCGCAGCAAUGUUCCAACAUCUAGUGGAAAGCCUUCCCAGAAGAGUGGAGGCUGUUAUAACAGCAAAGGGGGGGACCAACUCCAUAUUAAUGCCCAUGAUUUUGGAAUGAGAUGUUCGACGAGCAGGUGUCCACAUACUUUUGGUCAUGUAGUGUAUGUAUUGAGCACAUCGAUCCCAGGAGAGAGCGGAGGUGGACUGACCAUAACACAAACACAAUCAGUAGACCAGUCGCUUGGUGUCGACAGAGAAGUCACCCAGCAUGUCACCUUGACCAUCUAACUGAGGGAUGGACGACAUAUGCAGCAGAAGGAACCGAAAACCAUACCGUCCUAUAGCACACUGGCCUUACUGAAGAGCUCAGUGACUUUCAACGUGGCACCGUCAUACUGGUUGCCAUGAGACAUUCUUCACCCAAACUAAAUGAAUACCAUACUGACUUGAUUUGGAGAAGUUAAACCAUGAAUCACAUGACUAAAAAAAGUCGGGAAAUUACGCUUCAUCAGAAAAUCAGGUGGCUGCUCAAACAAGAACACCUGCUCUUUCCAUGACAUAGACUGACCAGGUGAAUCCAGGUGAAAGCUAUGAUCCCUUAUUGAUGUCACUUGUUAAAUCCACUUCAAUCAGUGUAGAUGAAGGGGAGAAGACAGCUUUAUGAAACUUCUGACACACUCACUCUAUUCCAAAAGUGGUCCGUGCAAAAGGGCAGAACCGAAGGUCACAGGUACAGUACCAGUCAAACGUUUGGACACACCUACUCAUUCAAGGGUUUUUCUUUAUUUUUACUAUUCUACAUAUUAUUCUACAUUGUAGAAUAAUAGUGAAGACAUCAAAACAAUGAAAUAACACCAAAAAAAGUGUUCAACAAAUCAAAAUAUAUUUUAGAUUUUAGAUUCUUCAAAGUAGCCACCCUUUGCCUUGAUGGCAGCUUUGCACACUCUUGGCAUUCUCUCAACCAGCUUCACCUGGAAUGCUUUUCCAACAGUCUUGAAGGAGUUCCCACAUAUGCUGAGCACUUGAUGUCUGCUUUUCCUUCACUCUGCGGUCCAACUCAUCCCAAACCAUCUCAAUUGGGAUGAGGUCGGGUGGUUGUGAAGGCCAGGUCAUCUGAUGCAGCACUCCAUCACUCUCCUUCUUGGUCAAAUAGCCCUUACACAGCCUGGAGGUGUGUUGGGUCAUUGUCCUGUUGAAAAACAAUAGAUAGUCCCACUAAGCGCAAACCAGAUGGGAUGGCGUAUCGCUGCAGAAUGCUGUGGUAGCCAUGCUGGUUAAGUGUGCCUUGAAUUCUAAAUAAAUCACCCACAGUGUCACCAGUGUCACCCCCACACCAUCACACCACCUCCUCCAUGCUUCACGGUGGGAACCACACAUGCGGAGAUCACCUACUCUGCGUCUCACAAAGACACAGCGGUUGGAACCAAAAAUCUCACAUUUUGACUCAUCAGACCAAAGGACACAUUUCCACCGGUUUAAUGUCCAUUGCUCGUGUUUCUUGGCCCAAGCAAUUGUGACUUUCUUAUUAUUGGUGUCCUUUAGUAGUGGUUUCUUUGCAGCAAUUCGAACAUGAAGGCCUGAUUCACGCAGUCUCCUCUGAACAGUUGAUAUUGAGAUGUCUGUUAUUUGAACUCUGUGAAGCAUUUAUUUGCGCUGCAAUCUCUGAGGCUGGUAACUCUAAUGAACUUAUCCACUGCAGCAGAGGUAACUCUGGGUCUUCCUUUCCUGUGGCGGUCCUCAUGAGAGCCAGUUUCAUCAUAGCACUUGAUGGUUUUUGUGACUGCACUUGAAGAAACUUUCAAAGUUCUUGAAAUGUUCUGGAUUGACUGACCUUCAUGUCUUAAAGUAAUGAUGGACUGUCGUUAUUUGAGCUGUUCUUGCCAUAUUAUGGACUUGGUCUUUUACCAAAUAGGGCUAUCUUCUGUAUACCCCCUCUACCUUGUCACAACACAACUGAUUGACUCAAACGCAUUAAGAGAGGAAAGAAAGUCCACAAAUUAACUUUUAAGAAGGCACACCUGUUAAUUUAAAUGCAUUCCAGGUGACUACCUCAUGAAGCUGGUUGAGAGAAUGCCAAGAGUGUGCAAAGCUGUCAUCAAGGCAAAGGGUGGCUACUUUGAAGAAUCUCAAAUAUAAAAUAUAUUUUGAUUUGUUUAACACUUUUUUUGGUCACGACAUGAUUCCAUAUGUGUUAUUUAAUCGUUUUGAUGUCUUCACUCUUAUUCUACAAUGUAGAAAAUCGUAAAAAUAAGGAAAAACCCUUGAAUGAGUAGGUGUCCAAACUUUUGACUGGUACUGUAUAACAUGAAACACGUAUAGCCAAGUUAGUGGACUGACUUUACGUACAGAAUCCAGAUGCAUAGAGAACCAUGCAUUCCUCAAGUUGAGUUUGACUUAAUUAGAGACAUCAAUAAAAGUGUGAAACACAGUAGUUGUAGAUAUACUUCUCUCUAGAGAUGAGUAAGGCUCAAGUAUUCUCACAGUUUAGUGCAAUUUGAUUUGAGAAUACCUUUAUUUAACUCCAAGGUAACCUGCCUAAAUGACUAUUGUCCCGUAGCACUCACAUCUGUAAUCAUGAAGUGUUUUGAAAGGCUGGUCAUGGCACACAUCAACAAACUAUUUGGACUCAUUACAUACGCUCCUGCUACUGUUUACUAUCUGUCACUUUAUUCCUAGUUAUAUGUACAUACUGUAUCAACCUCAAUUACCUUGUACCCCUGCACAUCCACACUUACUCAUUGUGUAUUUGUUAUGAAGUGUUUUUAAUUUUCUAUAAUUUCUCUAUUUAAAAAAAGUAUAAUUACAUGUUGUGUUUUAUAUUUUUGUUCAGUGUAGCAAAGAAUAGAUUAAUGUAUAACGACCCCAUUCAAGGGUUUUCUCCAGUGUGUGUUUUCUGGUGUUUCCAUUGUGAAAGCGGGGUGGAGAAUUGUUCAAAGAAGCCAUGCUAUUUAAGCAAUUUUAUGUUUUGUCUUUUUUUAUUUGUAAUUCUUCGUCGUAAGUGUCCACGGCGCCGAGUUCAACUCCCCGUCCAGCAGAUCCAGAAAUGUCCUGUUUUGUCAACUCAGAUUUAUGAACAUUAUGUUUGGUGUUUGGGAUUCUGUGUUUUUAUAUAUAUUGAUGACUAUUUUUCAAUGUUACUUUUGGUUUGGAAUGAGAUGUUUGACAAGCAGUGUAGUUUUCCUAAUUCAAUGUUAAAUAUUUGAUACAGUGGUGUCUAAAAAAAAGAGGUGUGAUGCUGCUUAUGUUAUCUGAAAUGUUUGGUGAUGUUUGGGUCUCCCUGGUGAUCGGCUGUUUAAACACUGUCUGUGUCGUUCUACAGGUUUGCCUAUCUGGGCCAGAACCAGCACAAGUUGGAGAGAACCGAACCCUCAGCCCUGGAGAACGCCAUCAAC